AUGCAGCUCAAAUCUCUCUUCGCACUCGCCCUCGCCGCCGCCGUCACGGCAGCAGCCGCCACCCCGGGCGAGUCCACCCUCAACAAGCGCGCCCCCACAAAGGCAGAGUGCUGCUGCUGCUACGGCGGGCCCUCGGUCGGCUGCGCCGCGGACCUCAACUGCGCGGGCUACACGCCCAGCAUCGGCUCUCACAGUGGAACGGUGUAG